AUGGAAAAGUUGCCCACAACAAAGAAGAUAUAUCACACAAAAAAUUACUACAAGCCCACAACAAAGAAGUCAUUCCUUAACAAAGCAAGAGAAAUUUAUAGUGAACCACGCCCAACAAUUUCCACAUUCAACACACCAUUUAGCAACAAACUACAAGAGGCGAUGGAGUCACAGGGAAAUCCAGCAAGCCACACGAAAAAGAAUCAACAACAAAGCAAAUAA